AUGGCCGACUCAGACUCGUCUCUGUCUUCUGCGCCCCCGACUGACGAUGAGAUGGAGCUUGAAGUCCCAGAGGCUGCUGCUGCGAAGCCCGCACCUCAGAAAAAGAAGAAGAACGGCACAAUCCUGACCUUUUUCAACAAACGUUCGCCCUCGCCGCCUCCAAGAAAACGGGCGCCGUCCCCGCCGCAUGAGCCUGUACCAGAGGACAAUCCAGACAUUGCUUUUAUCGUAAUGUUCCGGUCACGUUUCAACGAAGCAUUCCCUCGCGGUUCCCCUUCUGUAGGGCCUCAGGACAUCGAGCAGGGUGUCGCGGAAGACACACCGUCCGCCGACGUCGAAGGCUUACUAUGCGCCUUGCUCGGCCUCGUCCUCAAUCGCAAGAAACCUGUCGAGAAGGGUCAUUACGGUCGCGCUCUCGAGGAAGCCAUCCAAACCCAAAAAUCGCAAUGGCCCACCAAAUGGACUGGCAAUCCCCUCAGCGGCGGUCGCAACUUCAACACAAUGACGGCAGUAGAGCGAAUCACCCUCCUCCACUCACUCUGCCUCUGGAGCCUCAAUCAAAACGAACAAGUCAAGGCCAUGAUCAAUAACGCAUACAAGUCUCGCACUACCAAGGACAAGCAAGAUACCAACAUCCCAUUAUCGGUGCAAGCAUGGGGCCGUGAUGGUGACAAGCGUCGAUACUAUCUAGUCGAAGGACAAAACGAUACCCACUUUCGCAUCUACCGCGAGACCGACCCGAGCCGCAAGAACGUACAAUGGAUCAGUGUCGCCGGCUCCAUUGAUGAGUUGAAGGCGCUUGCGACGAAGCUGGAGGAAGUAGAUGGGCACAAAGAGGCUAAGGCACUUGGCGAGCGUAUGCUUAACGCCGUGCCACGAUUCGAGGCCUCAGAAAAUAAACGUAAGCGACGAGAGUACACACGCCAGCGCAAAGAUGCCUUCACCCGCCCAGAACCUGGUUUCUCCCUAUAUGAAGGCCGCACCCGUGGCAAGCGCCAACGAUACACAUUUGACGAAGACAACGACUUCGAUUCAGACAACACCUCCGUACGCCGAUCAGGGCGACAGUCGGGCCGCGACACACCCGCUGCACCUUCUGGUCCUACUGUCACCGCCAGUGGUCGACAGGUCCGAUCUCGAGCAACCGGUUUAUAUGGCGAAACAUUGCUCAGUGGACAAAUUGCAGACCAUGCAUCGCCUGCGACUGGCGACUAUGUCAGAUCUGAUGUGUCGGAAGAACCAUAUUCAGGCCAUGGCCGAUCGACUCGCGCCGCCAACAGGGGUACCACAAACGGUCGUUCAUUCAACCGAACAGUAGAUUCGGAAGACGAGGAGGACGCGACCUCUUGGGAUGGUGGAGAUGACGAUGAAGAGGAGCCAGAUCAGAUGGAUCUUGACGACGACGACGACGAAGACGAUGCCGUGGAGGAAUCGGAAGAGGAGGAAGAACAACACAGCCUCAUGGUCACUCUACGCUACCGGAAAGGUGCAUCUGAUGGCGCUCCUGCUCAUGAAGAAGAUGCGCCCAUGACAAAUGGGGUGGAUCGCGAUUCUAUUGCUGCGACAGUCGCGUCGUCGACCAGCACCAGCGCACCAAAACAGCCUGAGCCUGCGCCUGCAUCUGCAGGUACUAUGAACGGAAUCUCUACUCCAGUAGUCCCAGUCGCACAGCAACAACAAACUUCUACCGGCAACCCAGAAGCGCUGCCUAAGCUCGAUGGAGUUUUCUCUGCACCAACUCCCCCUGAAGAAGCACCAAAGUCCCAGGCGCCAGUGGAGGCUCCAGCUAGCACAUUCGAGGCUCAACCACCACAUCAGCCUGCACCUACUCCUACUAUCAACGGGCGAUAA